CUUCUACUAGCGUCGUUCAUGCGCUCCUUCAAAAGCAUUCCUUAGGCCAUUGCAUGAACACUUCUCGCCCAGAGGGUUCGCCCAGCCUUCCGUCCGUUCUGGUUUGCUUUUUUCCUCUGUCGUUCCGCAGGCGGACUGUUUUGCGAAUUACUUUCUUAUACUGUCAUUCAAUUCCAUUAUUUCUUUCGAGUCAUCUUCGUCGCGGUCCCAGCAGGCUUGGACUGUUGCUUACUACAGACUACUACUUUCCAUAUCAACAUCGCCCUGGGUGACUUGCAGAUGUGUCUUGGCAGAGUACUGGAUCGGCAGCAAGAUUGAUAGGGGCACAUCCUAUCUGACGCCAUCGCAUAUCGAACAGAAUGCCAAUGUCGAGGUCUCGUGCGUUUCGUAAUGGAGUGAAUCAUGCCGGUAUGAAAAGAGGUCAUAUGGAAGACAACAAUCAAUCCGGUGGCAUCGAGGCGACAAAUCCAGUUUUGAUCAUAGAUCGAAUUCUCCGACGUUCGCACACAAAACGCAAGGAGCCUACAUCUACGAAUGAUCCUACGACUACGACUGAGAUCUUGAACACGACUUAUACAGGAUCUGCACCGACUCUGAUCACAUUAGCUAUGGCUGCGGACGAUAGUAAAUCCACUAUAGGUGCUCAAGCGGCCACCCAGCCUAUGGAGACCGUUGUUGUGAGUUUGGGACCACCACCUCCAAAACCACAUCACGAGACUGGGAUCUCUCAGACAACCGAGCACCUGCUCAUUGCUGCUGGAUCAAUUGGUGCAACCAUAGUUGUGGUCAUGGUCAUUUUCGCAAUCUACACUAUGCGAAAGCGGGGCAUCUCAUUUAAGAUGGUUGUCAAUAAACGUAACGAAGACUCGACUCGGGCACCUUCUCGAGAUGACUGGGAGAACAAGCAGACGUUUGAAGAUGAUUUCGGGUCAACAAACAAGAGCGUUAGGUCAGGCUCUUCUUCGUCAAGACCUCCCACACAGCCUCUUGUGCGUAGCAACAGCUCCAAUCAAUACGAACUUGGGAGGAGCGCCCCUGGUGAACCAGGUUCCUUUAAUAAUGGCAUUGCUCGUGCGAAUCCACACCUUCGCAACAACAGUGCAACGCCAUCAUCUCACAUUCUCCCAGGCGACAACCAACGACGCAGCGCCUCAACACGCAACACCAGAUCUAUAGACGACAACGAUUCAGAACUGACAUACACGGACCCCCCGCGACCACCCCCACCCACUUUCAAACAAUUCAUGUCCAACCGGCCAUCCAUAUCGCAGCGCACCGGUCUCGGCGGCGUCAUACCAAGCAGAUUCAGUUGGACAAACUCGCAAGCCCCGCAAACACCGCACGACCCCUACAACGACGGCGCCAGCCAGCCCAGAGGCCGCGACAGCUACAUGACCCAAGCCUCGGAGGUCCCCCGCUUCCGCACAAUAGACUCCUGGGUCAACCAGCAGUCCAACCGCGUGGACGCUCAGAAACUCAAACAGCAGUUCCGCAUGACACGCAGCUCGACAUACUCGGCCGACGACCACGGCGACGAGGUCCCCGCUAUGCCCGCCGUGCCCAAGGGCUACACUGAGCCGCGCGACCAACCAGAGACAAAUACAAGACAUGUACGCAAUGAGUCUCAUGCCACGACGACGACAGCCCCGAUCUUCAAACACCACCCCGGCAACGAAGUCAGAUUCAGUACUAGGAGCAUGGUGCCGUCUGAGAUCCUGGACAUGGGCCGCCAGAACGCGGCGUUGUGAAAAUAAAAUCUCCCGUCUGUGAUUUUUGCGCAACGUCUUUCUCUUGUUAUUCGUCAUGCACUACCACAUCAUCAGCGGACAGAAGCGUCGUCAUGUGUAUGAGCAUUUACGCGCGCGUUUCAGGAGAACAGCAACAUGUUGGAUUCAUCGGCCCCUUUGUGUUGCGAACUACGCUUUGUACAUUAAAAAACACGCAGUAUUCGUGGUUCGGCAGCGUUGGGGAUCGCAUCGUACUGUACAUCUAUAUCUAUAACUACAUCUACAUCUAU